CAAUUUCAGCCGUUCCUGUUUGUGAACAUUAAUGAUACAGCAAAGAUCCAGUGCUCUUCCAAAAAACAAUUUGUACCAGGAGGGAUAACAGCUCAGUGAUAUAGGAGACGAGAAGGUGAGGCCCCUGUGUUAAUUAAGAGAUGCUCAGAUCAUCAAAAUGUAAAUAAAGUUGCUUGCAUAUCGGAAGGACACAGCUUGACCCUGGCAAUCUACAAUGCCCAACGGAAUGACUCAGGGGUUUAUUACUGUACCGAUUCGGACAUCAUCUUCUUGACUUUUGGCAACGGAUCCACCCUGAUUGUUGGAGACAGUUACACUUCCAGCAGUUGGGUGCUGCCUCUGGCUUCAUCUCCCCACAGCCUCCUCUCCCCCGGGACGGCUGAUCUGGCUUGCGUGGUCCAUGGAGUUUCCAACCCAGUCCAAAUUUCCUGGAGUAUUUCUGGGGAUCUGCAGGAACAGGGGCUGCUGCGUUCGCUGAAAGCAAAGGAUGGCUCCUUGGUGUUCAUAAAUCACAUCAGCGUCCCUGUGGCCACCUGGACCAGUGGGAAGAAUUUCACCUGUGAUGUUAAAUUCAACUCUUCUGGCAAGAGUGUUAAGAAAAUUGCCAGGUAUAUUGAAGCUUCCUCCACAGCCCCUGCCAGCGAGUGCUCACAUUACAUUGUGCCCCUUGCUGCUGGAGCUGGUCUGCUGCUGCUCAUGGUGUCUCUCUCAUCUGGAUCCUCUGCCCCUCCACACUAGGAUUGAAGCCCAGGAUCUCAGCACCCCCAGCUUCCGAGGAGCACCAGUGCUAGGAGUGCAGUUAUUUCUGCACCAGACUCAGCGGAUCCAGUUUGUUGAAGUUAGUGACACAGCAAAGAUCCAUUGUUCUGCCAAAGAAAAACUGGAAGGAAGUAGAAUGUUUUGGUAUUUGAGAAGAGAAGGCAAGAAACCCACCUGCAUUAAACGCUGUUUGGAUGAUCAAAACGUAAGUAAAUUUACUUGCAAACACAAGACACACAGCUCGACACUGGAAAUUAGCAACGUCCAAAAGACUGAGUCUGGCGUUUACUAUUGUGCAUAUGUAGACAGCAGCUACCUGCUUUUCGGGAAUGGAUCCGCGCUCAUUGUUGGAGACAGUUAUACCAGAAGCAGCUGGAUGAUGCUUCUGGUCCCAUUUCCACGUGACAGUCAAGUCACUGAGACAGUAAAUCUGGCUUGUGUGAUCCAUGGAGUGUUCAGCCCAGUCCACAUUUCCUGGAGUGUUUCUGAGGAGCUGCAGGAACAGGGGCUGACACGCUCAUUGAAAGCAAAGGAUGGAUCUUUAACACUCAUAAAUCACAUCAGCGUCCCCAUGGACACCUGGACCAGUCAGAAGAUUUUCACCUGUGAAGUCAAAUUCAACUCUUCUGGCACCAGUGUGAAGAAAAGUACCAGGUAUCCUGCAGCCCCUGCCAGCGAGUGCUCACAUUACAUUGUGCCCCUUGCAGCUGGAGCUGGUCUGCUGCUGCUCGUGGUGUCUCUGAGCCUCAUCUGGACCCUCUGUCCUUCCAUACUAGGACUCAAGCCCAGGAUCUCAGCACCCCCAGCUUCCGAGGAGCACCAGGGUGGAAUCUUAUACGCUCAUCUGGAUUUUGAUUUGCGGAAUCGCAAUGGGCACACGAUGCAGCGACCGGCCAGAGGGAAACAUCUAAAACCCUGAACUGUCUAGUGCAGGGGAAUCCACAUGUGGGAACUGAUGACUGGUUCUCUGCUGAUCGGACGUAGCAGCUGGAAGAAGGUUCUGUCUGUCUCCGUCUCCUUUCUUUUUUAUUUUCUCCACUUCUCUGUUUAGAAUAAAAAGGUCAGAAGAUCCCCACAGGGCCCAGCCUCAUCAAGUGGGAAAUCUCCUUUUGGGAUAUAAAGACAUCAGGGUGUAGGUGACUUUACACAUCACAUGUGUACUAGAUUUGAUGCUCUUUGGUGAAGGGACUGUCUCUUUGUUCUGUGUUUGUGCAGCGCCUAGCACAAUGGGUGCUACAGUAACACAAUAAUUGUCAUCAUCAUCUAACCAUCUGCAGAGGGACCCAGACACAGCUGAACAGCUGCAGCUUCCCUGCACAGACUGAGGCUGGAUGGCAGGAGCCUGCAGAGGGGAUGUGCAGCCACAGUAUAUGCCACAGCUCCCAACUGCCCUGAUCCUCAGCAGGCUCAUGCUCCCUUUGCAGUAAGGUAACAUGGAUGUGUGAUGGGCUUGUGAAGGGGAAGGAUGGAUGCAGGAGGAGCUGGGAGGGAUGAGAAUCUCUCCCCAGCCCAGUGCUGGAGCUGCUUCCUCUGGAGCAGUGUUUCUCCACGACCAAUCCAUGGACCAGUGCCAGUCCCUGAGAUCUCCCUGACACAGUUUAGAAAGGCAGCAAGCCAGCCCCUGGUAUCAAAAGGGUUGAGAAACGCUGCUCUAGCGUCUGCUGCUUUUCCCCAAGGGCGAGAUCCACAGAGCCCUAUGUUCCAGCCCCUCUGCACCAUCUAACGAUAACACACGUUACCAAUGGCUGGAGCUCUCCUGGUGCCUGAGCCUGCAGGUGCUGCCUGUUUGCAUCACAACUUCUUGUUGGUCGAGCUGUCAUUUGAACUGUCACUCAUUAAAAAGACCCAGUAUUGA